GGGAGAUUUUGAGGAGAGCAUCCGGUUUAUUACCGAGACAGUGACGGAGGAUAUGAAUGCGGUAUUAACUGCUCAAAUAACAGAUACUGAGAUCAAAGAUGCGGUAUUCUCAAUCAAUCCGGAGAAGGCACCAGGACCAGAUGGGAUGACAAGCUUGUUUUAUCAAAAAUUCUGGAAUGUGGUUGGAAAGGAUGUCAUCAGUAUGGUUCGCGAAUUCUUUGAAACGGGCGAGCUUGACGAAAGACUUAACCAGACUAACAUUUGUCUCAUCCCCAAGAAUGAAAGACCGGUCACCAUGGCUGAGUUUCGACCGAUAAGCUUAUGCAACGUAAGCUACAAGAUUAUUUCUAAGAUUUUGUCUUCCCGGCUAAAGAAGGUCCUGCCCCUUUUGAUAUCAGAAACACAAUCAGCCUUUGUGGCUCGACGGUUGAUAACCGAUAAUAUUCUAGUUGCCCAAGAAAUGUUCCACGCCCUAAGGACAAAUCAGAGCUGUAAAUCAAAAUUCAUGGCGAUCAAGACAGACAUGAGUAAAGCUUAUGAUAGGGUUGAGUGGGGCUUCCUUCGAGCUUUGAUGGAAAAAAUGGGAUUCGAUAUGAGGUGGAUUCAUUUGAUUAUGAACUGUGUUACCUCAGUCUCAUAUAAAGUCUUAAUAAAUGGAGAUGCGAAGGGCAACAUUACUCCUUCCCGGGGUCUCCGGCAGGGCGAUCCACUAUCGCCGUUUUUGUUUAUUCUCUGUACCGAAGUAUUAAUAUCACAGAUCAAAGAUGCAGAGCGACAGAAGAAGAUCUCCGGCCUCAAGAUCGCAAGAGCGUGUCCGGAAGUUUCCCAUUUACUCUUCGCUGACGACAGCCUUUUCUUUUGUAAAGCAGAGCCAGCGCAGUGCCAAGAGUUGAUGAGGAUUAUUGACGUUUAUGGUAAAGCCUCAGGACAACAACUGAAUAAAAUCAAGUCAUCAGUUAUGUUCGGUUCUAAGGUCAUAACGUCCCUAAAACUAGACCUGAAAAGGUCAAUUGGUAUCAAUAGAGAAGGUGGAAUGGGCAUGUAUCUUGGAAUGCCCGAGAAGAUCUGUGGAUCAAAAAAGCAAGUGUUUGCUUAUGUUCAGGAUAGACUUAACACGAGAGUCAACUCUUGGGAAGCAAAACUAUUGUCAAAAGGAGGCAAGGAAGUACAAAUCAAGUCGGUAGCCCAAGCAGUACCGACGUUCACAAUGUCUUGCUAUCUUUUACCGCAGGAUACUCAUAAGAAGAUAACAGGUGCAGUAUCUAGGUUCUGGUGGAGUUCAAAAGCAAAUAACAGAGGCCUACACUGGAUUGCUUGGGACAAAAUAUGUGUUCCCCUUGAUGAGGGAGGUUUAGGUUUUCGAGACUCGAGAGAUUUCAACCUUGCUCUACUAGCAAAACAAGUCUGGAGGCUUCUCGUAUAUCCAGAUUCGCUUCUGGCAAGAGUGAUGAAAGGGAGAUACUACAGACAUACAAACCCUCUCCUGGCCGGAAAAGCAAACAAUCCUUCUUAUGGUUGGAGAAGUCUGUGGACGGCUCGAGAGGUUCUGAGCGCGGGAGUAGUUCGUACUAUCGGAACAGGUUCUGAUACUAAGGUUUGGGAGGACGGCUGGAUACCGGGAGAAAAUGCCAGACCAGCGAAACCAUUAGGAGAGAUUUUCGACCGUGAUCUACGAGUGCAUCAUCUAAUUAUUCAUGAGACGAAACGAUGGAAUGAGCCGUUGAUCAGAGAACUUGUAGCGGCAGAGGAUGUAGAUAGAAUCAUGGAGAUUCAACCAAGCCGACUGGGAAGAAAAGAUGGGUAUACUUGGAAACACACUAAGUCUGGCUCAUACUCUGUAAAAUCGGGAUACGAUUUUAUAAAUGAACAGAGAAAAGCAUCAGACACUGGUGUGGUGGAAGAACCCAGUGUUAAGAAGCUAAAAAAAGAGGUGUGGAAGCUGCGUACAUCGAGGAAAAUAAAGCAUUUCAUUUGGCAAGCACUAGCUGGUUUUGUUACUACGGCAAGUCGACUUUGUGAUCGACAUUGUGCGACAGAUAGGACCUGCCUCCGAUGUGGUGCGGAGGAGGAGACGAUUAACCACCUUUUGUUCGAGUGUCCCCCAGCGCUACAAUGUUGGGCGCUUUCAGAUAUCCCAACGAUUCCGGGCGUAUUCCCGUGUAAUGCUCUGUUCACAAACUUUGAUCAUCUCCUGUGGCGAGUAGCAGAGCAAGGCGUCCCGAAGGAAGUCAUUGAGCCUUUUCCUUGGCUAAUAUGGUAUAUAUGGAAGAGCCGAAAUAAUAAGUUAUUCAAUGGAAUCGAGGAUCCACCGCUAGACACAUUACAGUUGGCGAUGACAGAAGCCAGUAACUGGAAGAUGGCUCAGAUAAUCCCGGAAGCAGAGGAAGAUGCAAUAGCUGGGGAGGUUGAAGAACCGGAAAGGGUAGUUACAGAACAGAGGAGUAUGCAGUUGCGAUGCCAAGUAGAUGCAUCGUGGACACAUGUUGACAGGAAAACGGGGCUGGGAUUUGUGCUGAUGGAGGAAGAUCAAACCGUUCUAGUUGGGCUCCAGAACGUCAGUAAGACACCGUCACCAUUACACGCAGAAGUAAGAGGACUACUAUGGGCAAUGAAGACCUUGAAGGAUCGUGGCUUCGACUCAAUGCAUUUUGAAACGGACUGCCUACAACUUCUAAAGCUGAUAAGAGGUGAGGACGAAUGGCCUUCCAUGGCGACUGAGAUAGAAGAUAUUUGUUUACAAUCUAAACUUUACACUAGUUUCUCUAUCUCAUAUCUACCGCGUGGUAAGAAUACUCGAGCGGACUGUUUUGCUAAAGCAGCCCGUAAUCGAACUGAUGCUUUUGUUUAUGUUAGUACUGAUACUCCUGUUUGGCUAGCUCAAGUAGCAAGGCCUUUGGAGUGA